AUGAGACCUCAAUUGCAAACCAGCAGCUUAAUCACUAGUAGCAUCACCACUAAUUUCACUAGCAAGAAGUGUAAACCUCAUCGUGUCUUGAAAGUCUCUGCAGGUUCCUUUUCUUAUCAGAAGUUCAUUCAUUUUGCUCUCGAUGAAACCAAACGCCACACCCUUUUGGUUCCUUCUCCUCUCCAGAUUUUGGAUUUUGCUGUUUUUGCCAGACCUGAAUUUGGUGUGCCCAUAUUUUGUGCCAAUUUUUUCACCACUGCCUCCAUAAACAUCAUUGUGUUGGACCUUAACCCCUUGCACAAUGUCAUUGACCAAAGAGGCUACAAGGAAAAGUACUUUGAUAGAUUAAUUCCUUUAGGUCUCAAGUACAGCGAGCUUUUUCCUUGGGGAGGAAAGCUCACAAGCGAGUCCUUGAAGUUUUUCUCACCGAUCGUGAUAUGGACCAAGUUUCCUCCAAGUCAGGAUAGAUAUGAUGCUUUAUAUUCCGCCUUCACAGAGUACUACAAGGCAUGGCUUGAACUGAUUGACCAAGCACCAGAGGAGAUAAAUGCAUCUCAUGUUAAAUGCAAUAGUCAAGCGCAGCAUAAGUAUCUGACAUGGAGAGCAGAAAAGGAUCCCGGCCAUGGAAUUCUUAAAAGGUUGAUUGGAGAAAGGCUUGCAAAGGACUUGGUUAGAAACUUCCUCUUCAAUGGACUUGAUGACCUAGGAAGUAAAGGAUUUUUGGAUUACUUUCCAGAAUAUCGCUGUGAGGAUGGGUCUAUAAAUGAGAAGCGCAGCAUCCUUGGAAGGUCUUUUGAAGAUCGUCCCUGGAAUGCCAGAGGAGAAUUUGUCGGUGAUGAUAUUGAGAUCUAG